AAUUGCAUUCACGCAAAUAUUAUACCUUCCUUGAAUUUCUUCCUCUUCUUCUUCCUCCCUUCUGUUUCGAAUUCUUCACGUACUUCACAACUACUCCAUCCUCUUCAUCAUUGCGCCUGCUUUCACCGAUUGCCUUCAGCACCCAUUUCAUCUGAAUCACCGUCGUGUUCUUCAUUUCUUCUGUUGCCCCCCCGCCCCCCCAACUUCGUUUUUUUUUUUUUUUUCUCUUUGACUUGGGCUGUUUGUGCAUCUGUGGAUAGAGGGGUUCUUCAAGUUCAAGGUAUGGGGAGAGUAUUUGUGGUGACUCUCGAAGGGAAGAUCUACAGUUGUAGGCACUGCAAGACCCACCUCGCGAUUGGCGAAGACAUCGUUUCCAAGUCUUUCCACUGCAGGCAUGGGAGAGCUUACCUCUUCAACAAGGUAGUGAAUGUGUCUACUGGUGAGAGAGAAGAGAGAAUGAUGAUGACUGGGAUGCACACUGUCGCUGACAUUUUCUGCGUUGUUUGUGGAGCAAUUGUUGGGUGGAAAUAUGAGACUGCUCACGAAAAGAGUCAGAAGUACAAAGAAGGAAAAUCUGUUCUCGAGCGGAUUAAGUUGGUUGGUCCUGAUGGAAGCAAUUACUGGGCCACUCAUGAAGCACAUAUCAUCGGGGGUAGCGACGCUGAUGACGUCUGAUUACCCGUUUGAACUCCCCAAAUGUACAUUCCAUAACCUCCGAUAUAUUCUUCUUUCAGCUAAUGUGAAUUUACUUUCGACUGAAGAUUCCUUGUUCGGCAGCUGCUGCCACUUGCUGUCAAAUGAAAUGAUUGGAAAACAAACAUUUUAUUGUUUCAUUCUGAUCUAAAUUGAAUAUUCAAUCUUCUCUUGUA